AUGGGAACCAAAGAGCCUCUUACCGAACCCGAGGUACCGCAGUUUAGUGAUUAUGCUCCAACUAGGAGCCAGGACUCGGCUCCCGGCUCAGAGACCCCAAACCCGCAUGACGGCCCUUACCGGGGAACGCGCCGUCAGACAGCCCGGAGUUCUCCGAAUCGUGAAACUGGAGGAAGAUCUCAAGGCUCACAAGCCACCGUGAUGGAAGAUACGAUGCAUCCCGCUCGUGCAGCUGCAUUGAACGAGGAUAGCUUUUCAAAACUCUUGAAGGAGGCAAGGGAAGCUUACUCAACGGACUUGCAGGACUUCCGAGUAGACCACAGCCUCUAUGAGUCCCAAAAUAAGAAAAUCAAAACAAUACACCAAUGGAUGAAGGACUCGGUCAAUUCGAGCUAUUUCCAAACGUGCCUCGCCGUAACCCACGACUGGGUUAAGGGAUAUAACAAUCUAAAAGCCCAAGUCGGCCAAGGGACCCGGGAAACACAGAAAUCCAUCCGAAGCGAGUAUAACAAACUCAUGGGUUCUUUCAAACCUGGCCACAAGGACCUUAACGGUUGGAUCACCAAAUGGGAAGAAACAAUGAUAAAGGGACAAAAGAAGUCGAUGGCUUUCGCUCUUGACACAGAGGAAUGGUCGUCGCGGUUCCUUGAGGUUAUUCGACCUCUAGAUGAAGCGUGGGCAACUGCUUUUGAGCUCACUGUUGAGACAAAGCUAGAUGAAGGCACUCUCACGUUCAAGGAACUGGCAAAUGCUUUCCGAAGGCUUAUCUCACGAAUCAAGAGAGAGCGUUCCAAUUCCCGCGUUUCUAAAGGUAGUUUUUACACUAGAGAACGUGAGACAGAGCGAGAAAGAAAAGAUCAACCUCGGGAACACUCACAAGGUAGAGACCGCUCUAGGGGACGAUCAAGUACACCUAUUAAAAAGCAUUUUACUCUAUCAUCAUACUUCAGUAAUGUACCUAACUUAAACGCUCGUAUAAACGAAUACAACCAAUGGUUUGGUCGAAUCGCUAUUUUCAUUCUUCUGGCUAUCAACCUAUGCCAGAGCCACCAGUUAAUCUCUAGCGGAGAGGGCUUUGCGACAUAUUAUUAUGAUAUCAAGCAACCUGAUGCUUGCCACAUAAGCCUUUCUAAUAUGAACUCCAUCCCUAUGCAGUGCGGUCCAUCAGCUGAUGAUGUCAAUUCCAAUUACAUUGUUGCAAUCAACCUCACCCAGCUGAACUUAGAUAUGACUUUCUAUUGUGGGAAGCAAGUUAUAAUUCCGAUUAAUGAUAAAAUAUCAACAUUACUAUUAUUUGUCGGCGACGGAUGUAAACGAUCCGGGGGAGGUUCACCUUCAAGCGACACGUGGAACUCAGAAGCCGCCUCAAGACUUGAUCUAAGUUAUUCAGUAUUGGAUGAAUUGGCGGAUGGGGCGGCUUGCGGAAAAGGCUAUAUUCGAAUAACCUGGGAAAUUCGCGACGUACUAUUAUAUGAUUUCAACUCCAAUGUGUCCAGAUCUCAACAGGGACUCGUCACGUCGGAAACAUCGGCAUUAGUUACGCCCAAUUCUGCAGCCUCUACUGUGUGCUUCGAGGGAUCGUGGCAAUGUAGCCGCAAUAGCGAAGUUCUAGAGCAGUGUUUCGACCAAAUCUGGAUACCUCACGCUACCUGCCCCGCUGACCACGGAAUAAAAGAGCGUUGUCAUUUUCCAUUUAAUUUUGCGGAUAAAUGCGAGUAUGAAGAAGAGCUUUCAUCCUCUUCAAGUGACGGUGUUUCUACUAGUGAAAGCGUUCCAACACCUACAACUGGAACAGUUAUAACCGCUAGCACCACCUUCGCAACCUCGAUCUUGAACUCCGUAAGUAAAGGCAUUACUAGAACAACCCCCGGUCUCUCUGGUUGGGCCACCUCUGCUCUCUCGGUUACUCGUCAAUCACUUAACUCCACGAAAAUAGUCAUUAUCACCGAGACGACAACAGUCUGCGUUUCCUCGUCAUCACUCUGA